UCGGGUGCGUCGGGUGUCGGGUCCGCCCCUCUCCUCUCCCUCCUCGUCACUCUUCCCUUUCCCUCAGAACCACCCACCGUACACAAAACAGAUUGUGAUAUGUCUCGCCGCUCAGCAGCAACCUUCGUCGGAAACUGGUGAUUGGAAGGAAGCCGGGCGAGUUCCAGCAUAUUGAUCUAGUACCAGUAGUAUGGCGAUCUACAAAGCUAGGUUAAAAGAGUUUGAUGUCGCCCUCAGUGCAGAGGAAAUUGACUUACGGAAGUUAAAACAAUUAUGUUUUCAUGGUAUUCCUGAUGAUCAAGGCACAAGAGCUUUAUGUUGGAAGCUACUUCUCAACUACCUCCCAAUUCGGCGGUCAACAUGGAGUCAGACACUAAGCCAGAAGCGAGACCUAUACAAGCAGUUCAUUGAAGAAAUGGUGAUACCACCAGGUGAAGUUAAAGAGGAUGAAGAAUCCUGCCGUAUUGAUGUCACUUGUGCUGAUCAUCCUCUCAGCUCAAAUCCUGAUAGUCUUUGGCAAGCUUUCUUUAGAGACAAUGAAGUCUUGUUACAAAUUGAUAAGGAUGUCCGGAGGCUCUGUCCAGACAUCUCUUUCUUUCAACAAGCUACUGAAGCACCGUGCUUUAAAGUUGUAAAUAGUAAAGGACUGCGACGUCUUCACCGUAGAGUCCAACAUACUGUACUAAAUUCGGCAAAUGUUGAACGAAGGGGACUGGGUGUGACCAAGAUUGCUUUGUUAGUGAAGAAAGCUCAAGAAGACUAUGCCCCAAUGGCCGAGGGCAGUGAGGCUCAUUGGGAAGUAGUUGAAAGAAUUCUUUUUCUGUAUGCCAAACUAAAUCCUGGUCAGGGAUAUGUUCAAGGGAUGAAUGAAAUAGUGGGACCAAUCUAUUAUUGUUUUGCUUCAAACCCUGAUGCAGAAUGGAGAAAACAUGCUGAAGCCGAUUGCUUUUUCUGUUUUACAAACUUAAUGGCAGAGAUAAGAGAUUUUUUCAUUAAGAGUCUUGAUGAAGCUGAGUGUGGGAUCAAUAAUAUGAUGUCAAAACUGAGUGACCAGCUUCGUCAAUGUGACCAGCCUGUUUAUUCACGACUACAGCAAUUAGAAUUAAGACCUCAGUACUACAGUUUUAGAUGGCUCACUCUACUACUAUCUCAGGAAUUCCCUCUGCCUGAUGUUCUUCGCAUUUGGGACUCUUUGUUUGCUGAUGAAAAUCGUUUCUCAUUUCUAAUUCACAUAUGUUGUGGAAUGAUUGUAUUACUUCGGGAAGAGCUUUUGGCGGGAGACUUCCCGGCAAAUGUCAAACUGCUGCAGAAUUUUCCUCCCAUGGACAUUGCCGUUGUUCUAAGAAAAGCUGCCAAACUCUCAGGAAGAAGUAACGGUGAUUGUCACUGAAAUUGGGAAUCGUGAGCAGAUAGAGUAACGUGCUCGGUAAUGAAUGUGCCUUUUGCCUGUGAUUAUCCUUGUACAUGUUUAUCGUUAUUCAUAUUUUUAUAUCAAUCAAUUCUUUAUACUUGUAAGUUAGCAAUGCUCAACUACUCAAGGCAUUUAUUUGCAAGCUGAGCUGACCUUGUUAAAAUUUCUUGAAUUGGAAAGAAACAUUAUGAAGUUAUAUAUGAGGUUAUAUCACAAGACUCACUGUUGAAGGAUUCAAAAGAGUGAAUUUAGGCAUCUAUGUCCCUUAGUACAAAAUUGUUACAUCUGGUAAAUGUCCUUUGCUCUCUUUGAAUGCAUUUUCUUAUCAAAGUAAAACAAAUUGUUCUCAGGGUCUCUAAGGUUUAAGUAUUAAUCUCUCUCUAGCCAUAGGGUGUGUACUUUCUACCUCUUCCUACCCGUAUUUAUGUGAUGGAAUAUUAUAAUGAUCAAAUAUAUAUUUGUUAUGAUUUGA